UGGGGGGGCGCCCGCAGCCGCGUGGCGCGGGCCCCGCCCGCCGCACGGCCGUGUAGAGGCUGCGAAGCUCCGUUUCUGGGCGUCAUUGGCGCCGCUGGCGCUGGCGCGGUUUCGCCCUGCGCGCUUCCCCGCUGGGCAGCCGGUGCUGUUCAUGUGUCGAGGCUGCGGGGGCCGCCCGGGCGCGGAGCCCGCCGCCGGUUCACAGCGGCAGGAGAUGGAACGGAGAAUGAACGGGUGACAUGCUGGAGGCCGUAACGCCCCCCCGCCCGGCCGCCCUGUUCCAGCAGUACAGGCAGGAACGCGAGGGGCAGCUCUGCGCCGAAGGGCCGCGUUUUGCCCCCCGGGCUCGUCCCUCCCUCUCGGCAUCCGCUGUGCAGCCCCGAUUCGUGCGGCCGCCCGAGGCAGCGGGCUCUGGGAAGGACAGCGCAAACGGUGCUUUCCCGUCGUAGGAGAGGUUUCGGCCCGUAGCAGCUACCCGCAGGAGGCCUGUGCAGGCGGCAGGCGCCAGCCCCGAGCGGCUCUCCGAGGGCGAGAACCGGUGGGGCCGCUGCGCCUGGGCCGUGAGCGCUGGAGGCUCGGGCGGCGCGGCGCGCACCUUCACCGCAGCCGGAAGGGGCGGCGCGGCGGCGGGGCCCGGCGGCAGCGGGUUGUGGCCGCGGCGCCAGGCCGAGCGUGAGGGCGAAGCGGCGGAGCAUCUCCGCACAGCGGAGAUGGCGGACGAGGCUCUCUUUCUGCUGUUGCACAACGAGAUAGUGGCGGGGAUGUACCGCGCCGCCGAGCAGAGCGAGGGGGAGAAUGGUCGCUGCACCACCAAGCUGGAGAGUAUGGGCUUCAGAGUCGGACAGGGGCUGAUCGAGAGGUUUACAAAAGAUACUGCCAGGUUCAAGGAUGAAUUAGAUAUUAUGAAGUUCAUUUGCAAAGACUUUUGGACAACUGUGUUCAAAAAACAAAUAGAUAACCUAAGGACUAAUCAUCAGGGUAUUUAUGUCCUUCAAGACAAUAAAUUUCGUCUCUUGACACAAAUAUCUGCAGGAAAGCAGUAUUUAGAACAUGCACCAAAGUAUUUAGCAUUUACCUGUGGACUAAUCAGAGGAGGCCUAUCCAAUUUGGGAAUAAAGAGUAUUGUAACAGCUGAAGUUUCAUCAAUGCCUGCAUGUAAAUUUCAGGUGAUGAUACAGAAGAUGUAGAGCACAUUCAAUCUGAGUAGCUACGUUAAAAUCCUUUGUGUAUGGAUUCAGUAUCUUGUACAUAGGAGCUUUGUAUGUAGCUUGUAAAUUACAGCACUCUGCAGCACAAUUCCAAAAUGUAUAAUAAAUGUUCAUCAAAAUAA